AUACCACGGAAUAAUUCCAGGAAGUGCCACACAUCGUUUUAAAGGAAGUGAGCGCUCGGAUCUCGGACCAGUUGCUCCCCAGAAUCCAUUGACUCUCCAUUGUGCGAAGAAAACUCCGGUCGACAAUAGGCAAGCAUGGUAUUGGGCACGUGGACAGAGGCUUUACAAACUGACGGCGGCUAUGUUAUGGCCCAGGUCACAAAGAGGCUCUACGAGGGCGGUAGCUUGCGUCCCGAUGAUUACUAUAAAAAAGUACCAUCCCUUGGAUAUGGGACAUAUAAAAGGGACUUCGACUGGAAUCAGCAGCAGAUCAUUGAGUCUUGCGGUCGCAGUUUUGACAUCUGGAACGAGACAGCAAAUUUCGAUAUCAGCUUGCAUUGGAUUCUCCUGAAGAAUACAUGUGGCCUGAAACCCACAGACAACAUAUACAAACUUCUAAAAAUCCUUGUUAAGAAAAGGAACGAUGCAAGUCAUCCAAACGAUAGCUUUGACAUUGAUGUGGACAACAUCAACGAAAAACUAGAUGAGCUUCUGUCUCUCUACAUGGAGAUUCUCGACUGCUUGGAGGAACUCUGCUCCAACGAUCUGACAGCGGUUAAGAGACAAAUCACCCUUUCAGUAAAGGGAAAGAAACUCAAUCGCGUUCGCAGCUCUUCGUGUCUGGCAAGCCCUGUAAUAAGGCGAGAAGUCGUUCCCUACAACCCCAGUCGACAGAAGGAAAGCUCGGGAUUGGAUAAGGGCUUGGUUAUCGGCGGAGGAAUAGCUGUGGCGGGCGCGGCUGUUCUGGGUCUGGCGUCUCUCCUCUCCUCGAAGAGCGAGGGCCAGAAGAGAGAGCGUCAGAGGGCGAGUAACCGGACGAGCAAUGACGAAGAAUGUGUCGUGAUGUAAGGUUCGGUUCUGUGACUGUGGUCGCGUUUCGAGAGUCUGAGAUCAGCACGAUUCCUGCAUAAUGAAUCUCUCUAAAUAUGCAGAGAUUUUUCGAUUGUGUAUGUGUGCGUGCUCAUGUAUGUGUGUGUGUGUGUGUGUGUGUAUGUGUGUGUGUGUGUGUGAGAGAGAGAGAGAGAGAGAGAGAGAGAGAGAGAGAGAGAGAGAGAUCAUGUUAUACCAGAUGCUGAGAUAUUUUAGCUGAUGUGCCAUAGGAUCACACAUCUUAUAGGCCUAUAUACUUAUGCAUAAUAAUGAAUGGUGAUACAGGUGCUUCUAAUGCUUAUACAUUAGUGUGAUGGAAAGUUGACUAUAUACAUUAGUGUGAUGGAAUGUUGACUAUAUACAUUAGUGUGAUGGAAUGUUGACUAUAUACAUUAGUGUGAUGGAAUGUUGACUAUAUACAUUAGUGUGAUGGAAUAUUGACUAUAUACAUUAGUGUGAUGGAAUGUUGACUAUAUACAUUAGUGUGAUGAAAUGUUGACUAUAUACAUUAGUGUGAUGGAAUGUUGACUAUAUACAUUAGUGUGAUGGAAUGUUGACUAUAUACAUUAGUGUGAUGGAAUGUUGACUAUAUACAUUAGUGUGAUGGAAUGUUGACUAUAUACAUGAUAGUGAUGCAAUUAUGUAUAUCUAUUGUAACAAUCAUAAUGCUACUAAUAUAUUAAUAAAAAAAUGCACACAUUUAACCUUGACCAAGAUAAAAUGUUAAGCCAGGAAACUGAAUACAUUUUUUUUUUCAACCUCAAUAAUAAUUUUACAUAUUACCUGGAACUGUGCUGCUUUGUAUUCCAGUCGUUUAUAUAUACAUGUAUGCAACGAAUAAUUUGUUAUGUUAUUGUUCCUUAUAUCCUUCAAAUACAACUAAUGGCCAGA